UUGUAGAGCCUCACGCACGGAAGGAAGAUCCAAACGAUUUGAGAUGGCAGCUAAACUUUUUGCCCUGCUGUUGCUGGCCCUUUUCACCGCCGGCCAAGCGGAGUACAACUACAACGAAAAGUCGGCUGCGGCGGUCAACUCCCUGGAGCACCGGGCAUCCAGCAGUUCCGGUGAGGAUUUCCUGAGCGACUAUCACACGCCUAGCAACAAUGCCCUGAACUCGGAGGCGACUCCCGAAGGGUAUGACUACUUAGCUCCCACUAGGAAUCAGUUUACUGCCGGCAGCCGGAAGGCCAGUGCUCAGGCCUCAAAUCUGCUCCAAAAUGCUGCCAGUGCAGCCAACGCCGCCUCCGCUUUGCUGCCCUCGCCACUGCCAAUCCUUCGCCAGGAGCAGAAUUCGGAGGUGAUUUCAUCUGUGCAGGAACAAGAACAAGAAAUAGUUCCGGCCAUUCAGGAACAAAAGCAGGAUUCGGUUGUAGUAACGUCCGUUGUGCGCCAGCAGCAGGAACCGGAGGUCUUCACGCCUGCCAGCUACAGCUUCAACUACGCCGUGAACGACGAGAGCACCGGCGACAUCAAGGAGCACAGUGAAACCCGUGAUGGAUAUGUCGUUCGCGGCUUUUACAGCCUCGUCGAUCCGGAUGGCUACAAGCGCACCGUGACCUACACGGCGGAUGAUGUCCAUGGCUUCAAUGCAGUGGUUAACCGAGUGCCCUACGCCCUUAAAGCUGUGGUCGUUCCAGUGUCAAAGGUGACGCAAGUGGCAAAGCCCACUCCAUUUGUGGCUCUGGAUGAGCGAUCCAAGUCCGGAGAUAUUACUCGAUCGGCAGCAGGAGCAGCAACUCUGGAAGCUGAGAUACGAUCGGGUACUGCUUCGGCUACUGCUUCUGGUACUGCUUCGGUUACUGCUUCGGGUUCUGGUUCGUCCUCUGGUACAGUUUCCGGUUCCGGGGUGUCCAAUAGCUUUGCAGAGGACAGCUAUGCCAAUGCCCCCCGAGGACUUGACGCCUCCGGAGGUCCUUACGCCUGAGUCCUGCUACUCACCUAUGCACUCUUUGUAUAUUCCUUCAUUGUGCUUCAUCUACUACUAGUUUUCUAAUUAAUAAAUACAAAACGUUCCUCAUAUAAA